AUGCCUCCCUCGGCGACCCUUGUCGCAAGACUCAAGGUUCAGCUGAAGCUGUCGAUUGCACGACUACGGAUGGUACAGAGUCGCGAUGAGGCCAUGGGGAAGACCCAGAGAAGGGCAAUGGCUCAGCUUCUGGAAGCCGGCAAGAUCGACUCCGCCAAGAUAAAAACCGAGAACAUCAUCCGAUCCGACAUCACCACCGAGCUCCACGAGAUCCUCGAGCUGUACUGCGAACUCCUCCUGGCCCGAGCCGGAUUGCUGGACAGCCCAACAUGCGAUCCAGGCUUGGAGGAAGCCGUCAAGAGCAUCAUAUACGCUGCGCCAAAAACCGAGAUCAAGGAGCUGCAGCAGGUUCGGGCUCUGUUCGCCGAGAAGUACGGCAAGGAGUUCGUGCUGUCUGCCAUGGAGAACUCGGGCGGCCACGUCUCCGAAAAGGUUGUCAAGAAACUGAGCGUCACCCCGCCUACAGACGAGCUGGUUCAAGGCUAUCUUGAGGUGAUUGCAAAAGCGUACGGUGUCGAAUGGCCCAAGAGGUCCCAAGAUCUGGGGGAGCCGCCCCAGUAUGUGGACAAUGUGGACGAUGACGUCGGUGCUGGUAGCAACGACAACGAUGAUGGUGAUGAGGAUCCAAGCGGCGGUCAAAGACAGAAUGACUCAGGGGCUGCCUUGCCAGCCGAUAGUAAGGCGGCCAAGGAGAGGGAAGACUUGAGUCGUGCCACGCCGCCGCGGUCUCUUGGGCCAAAUAGCCCCCUGCACGUGAAUCUGCCCAGUCCGUCAACGGAGAAGCCUCGUCCGAAGGUCACACUGAACUCGACCGAGUUGAAGCCUAAUAAGAAAAUGCUCGACUCGGGCAUUGCGAAGAAGGCUGAAGAGAGGAAGGGUAGUGGAACCGGGGACGGUUUACCAGAUCUCAAUGAAUUAGCAGCCCGGUUUGCUGCGUUGAAGCGGUGA